AUGCUUCUCAUUGGUCUCACGGGUUCAAUUGCCACAGGCAAGUCGACAGUGUCUUCAAUGCUCUCAUCACAGCCCUACAAUCUUCCGAUCAUAGAUGCAGACGUUCUAGCGCGCAAGGUUGUGGAGCCGGGAACUCGUGGCUAUGAGGCUAUUGUGAAACAUUUUGGGCCCACGACACCCGAACUUCUCGUGCAACCAUCCGAGAAGAUGCCAGAGGAUGGACCAGACGGCAAGGGCAGACCACUUAACAGACCGGCAUUGGGGAGACGAGUGUUUGGCGACUCAGAAGAGCGAAAGAAGGACAGAUCAGUUCUCAAUCGCAUCGUUCAUCCGGCUGUCCGAUGGGAGAUGUUCAAGUCCGUCGUUGGAUGUUACUUCAGAGGCCAUUGGGCUGUGGUUCUGGAUAUCCCACUCCUUUUCGAGAGUGGCCUCGACCGCUUCUGCGGCGUCACAGCUGUAGUGGCAGUCCACGACCCAGCAGUUCAGAUGCAGCGUCUGCGUGCGCGUGAUCCUCACCUGAGCCCGGAAGAUGCCGAGAACAGAGUGCGUAGCCAGACAGAUGUUCGAGAAAAGGCCCGGCGAUGUGAAGAACGAGGAGAAGGCAAAGGAAUUGUGCUUUGGAACGAUGGGUCACAAGAAGAGCUGAAGGAGCAGCUGGAUAGGGCCAUCAAGGAUCUGAGAAAGGCGAGCCCCGAUUGGUGGUCAUGGCUAUUGCUUGGAUGUCCUCCUCUAGCAGUUGCUGUUGCGACGUGGAGGUUCUGGCAGAAUCUUAUUAUCAAUGAGAGAUGGGAGGAGAUGAAGUUGAAUGCGAAGCUGUGA